AUUGCGCAUGCGUCAUGAUACAUUGAACCAAUUGAAUUUCUGAAUUUAAUACGCAUGCGCCAAAAACCGAACCAAAAAAUAGAACUUCACGCGGAUUGCCCCUAGUGGAGUAACAUGGAUGUCUUUGGCGAUUCUUCUCUUUUUGAUGAAUUUGAAGCUGAUCGAGAAAAAGGAAGCACGCAUUUGGAUAUUUGCCCGAGUAGUAUUCCGAGAAGAAACCUACAAACCCCAGAAAAUGGGACGAAUUCUUCUCAAGAACAGCAUGAUUCAACUUUAAACACAAACCGGAAGCUGAAAAUUGGAGAAAGAGAAAACGAAAGUAGGGGAUCUAGAUCUACUUACAAUUCCGACAAUUCAACUUCGAAUAAUUUACAAAAUGUACUCAAGUUGAGACAAGAAAACCAAGAACUAUCCAAAUAUAAAAGACUUCUGAAUGCUACAAGAUGGGGGGCAGAUGAUGAUACUAGUCCACUAGUCCAGGUCCUUUAUCUAAACAAUCCUAUUGCCAGGAAAUACAAGGUCCAGAUUGAGAACUACAUUCAUGACCUUGUUGCUAAUGACAACGGUGACAACAUGGAAAUGAUAACACCUCCACUGUCGUCUGUGUGUAUUCAUGACAAGGUGGAGGGCAAGUUGAUUCAUGGAAACAAGCAACAAGUUAGGAGAAAACACAUGGUGAUUGGUAAUUGUCAGUAUUACUACAAGUUUAUCCUGGACCCAAUGGGGACGCCCCUGGUAGGAGGAGACAAUUGUCAGAUGACUGAUGGCUGGGAAACACCUGCAUAUGUACAGAUCUUCCUAGAGGCAUUACCUCUUGACCCUGAAGAAGAGGCUUUGAAAGUAAAAAAGAAAGAAAAUCGUCCCAAAAAUGAAUGUUGGAACUGUGGGGGAGACCAUAUGCUAACUGAUUGCCAAGAACCAAGGAAUCAAAAGGAAAUCAGCCGUAGACGUGCCAUAUUUAUGGCAAACCAAGGUGGACCAGUGCAGAGUUUGACUGGCAAAAACUCGAAAGGUAAUUUUGAGACAGAUCCACGGUUUGCCAGCUUCAAACCAGGAGAAAUCAGUGAGAACUUACGUGGCGCUCUGGGCUUGAGGGACAUCGAAGUACCGCCCUGGAUCUACCAGAUGAGGAUGAUGGGUUACCCCCCAGGUUGGCUCAAAGAGGCAGAAUGUCAAACUUCAGGGAUAUCAAUGUUUGACAAGCAUGGUAAAGAAACAAAUGAAGAUGGAGAAUUAGGAGAAGAGGGUGAAGUUGCAGUAGUAGAAAGAAAAGUUUCUUAUGACACUGCCAAGUUGGUUUCCUUCCCAGGGUACAAUGUCCCUCUGCCACAAGGACAAUUGGAUGAACAUAUGAAGUUCCACAUGCCCCCAAUGAGCCAACAACAAUCAAAAGAUGUCCUCGCUCUCUAUCUUGCUCCAAAAGGAGGCCCUACUAAGCCGAGGCCCGUUGUAAAUCGAAAGCGUAAACGUCCAGUCAAAGAUGGAGCCUCUUUGGGUACACUGGAAGAAAUGGAUGUAGAUACAGAUACUACAGGUACAGAAUCUGACCUGGAGGGACCCUCCCCAGCUAAACUAAAGAAACUUCCCAGAAAUCCUAGUGAACUGUCAUCACGUUCUUCGAGUCCAAAUGCAGAAGAACUUGAGGAGCAGCGUCAAUUACUUUUAGCGCAACUUCAGGAUGCAGAGUCUGACUCCAAAGGUAUUGAACUUGUAGUGAAGGACUCUGUGGGUGAUGAUUCCUUCAUACCUCCGCUACCCCCUACCCCCACAGCGCCCCCUCUCCCUUCUGACUCUGAGCCAGAAUCAGAUACAGGCACGCCAGUGAGAUUUAGAUCAAAAUCAGGCAUGAGAACGCCCCAGGGACAAAACACCCAGAAUUCAUUCUCAAGCACACCAAGUUCAUCUAUAUCAGUAGAUUUUGGUACGCCAAUUGAAAAAGAGCAAUUGGAAAAAUUGUUACCAGAUUCGGACAAUUGGAAGGUUGGAAUUAUAGAUCAUAUUCCGUAUGAGAAUCUUCCAAAUGCAACUGGAACGUUCCAGAAGAUGAGAGGGCUUUUAGAAAAAGUUCGAGAAACUGUAAAGGAAAUUGAAGACAGUAAUGAAUAAUUUAAAGACUACGUCUCGUUCCAAUACGGAAUUUCUCGAACAGAUAUAUCCUGUAUUGCACUUCAAACCAUUCAAUAACUUAUAAUAUGUCUGUUAUAUGUUUUGGAUGGCAUUCUU